UCACCGCGUUUUAACCAAUGAGGCGGGGCGUGUGUGGCUGAAAUUCCAACCCGGAACCGGAGGAAGCGCAGGACGUAAACAUAAGAGGUUGGACCGCAGGAGUGAACCAUCUCGUGUCGUAGAGACUCUCUGAUUCCAGCCCGUUGAACAGGAAGUACCGUCCUCCCGUCGUUCUUUGCGACCGAGCCCUAACUCAUCGGACGGGUCUGUUCAGGAUGUGGAAACGAAACUAUCUUUUGUUUUAAGUUCAGUCGAGGCGGCUGACGAUAAAACCCGUGUGGAAGAAACAUCGGAGCAUCAGCAGCAUCAGCACCGAGGGACGCCCGCAGCCCCCCGCCUGAAGUCCCGGUCAGCACCGCGCAGAGAUCCGCACAGCACCUUGAUGCAGCGAUGCCUCCUCGGAUGGAUGAUGUCAUGCGUCUGUGCUGUGACAUAUCGGCUCACCACCAGAUAAAGGCUGCAGUGAAGAGCUCGGCCAAAGGAGCCAUGGUGGCAGGAGGGACGGCAUUCGUAGGCGGGCUGCUCGGCGGGCCUCCAGGAAUCGCUGUCGGCGGUGCGGUGGGCGGUCUGCUGGGCAGCUGGCUGACCAGCGGCCAGUUCAAACCUCUGCCUCAGAUCCUGAUGGAGCUGCCGCCCAGCCAGCAGCAGAAGCUCUACUCAGACAUCAUGGCCAUCUUGGGCAACCUGGACUGGACCGACGUGGCCCAGCUCAUCGCCCUGGUGAUGGGCAAUGCCACGCUGCAGCAGCAGGUCACUGCUGCGUUGCUAAACUACGUCACCAAGGAGCUGAGGGCUGAGGUGCGUUACGGAGACUGACAGGAGUUUGUCUUACUGACAGGAGGAAGUGCAUCUUUGCUAACACCUGCCGCUGCAAUUUGUCCAGUCCUUAACUGACUUACAGUGAGACUGACAGCUGCACAGAGCCUAUUUAUGGUUGAACUUUUGCAACUUUUUUAUUCACCAAAGUUAGUUUUCAUGAACCAGAAGUGCCUAAAAUAUGUGAAUGUUUCACUUUCAAGACCAUUUGAUAUACAACUGACAUGAUUUAUAGUUUCCCAUGGCUUAAUGUGUCUCUUUUAUGAUGACCAAUCACUGCAAGUUUCUUUGUAAGGACUUAUAUUGUGUCUGUGUUACACAUUACAAGUUCUUAGUGACCUGAGCCGCAAAACUCUCCUUAUCAUCACAGGCAAAUGUCAUCAUCACAAUCAGCUGUCUAUUUUUAUCCUGGUAGAUAUUGUCCCUGGAAAAUAAGCUGUUUUGGAUAAGAAUGUGUACUGUCUUGUCAUACCUCAUGCUGCAACCACUUUGGUUAUGAAUUGGAAAUUAAAAGUGUUAAAGCUGCUGCA